AUGGCGGUUUAUACUGUUUAUAGUAGCCCGGUUUAUCAACAUUACACGGCAAGUGUUUGCUCCAAAGCUACCAUAUUUUUGCUAUGUUGUAUUAUCUUAACCUUUAUUCCACCGCUAAUCUUAGCUUGGUAUAGUCAAGGAUUCUGGAUCCGAGAAAGCACUUUCAGAGAACAGCCUGAUGUACGAUUUAAGCAUGACAUAAUCAUGGUCUUGCAGGGCGAUACUCCUGAUUCACAAUUAAUUUGGAGUACGUAUAGAAAUCUUAAUUUGUUAAUGGAAAGCAAGCUAAGAGUUCCGCUUGUUCAGACUUCAGAAACAGACAGCAAUCGCGAUGGCCUGUACGACUACCUCGACUUUACGAUUGAAGUACCAAUGACUGGAACUGACUCAGUUUACCAGCUUCAAUUACUAUUCACAUUCGACUAUAGAUUAUAUAAAUAUCCAACCUUUACUAUGGAAUCUAUGGCCUACAUUCACUACUCAUCCGCAGUAGCUGGGGCUGAAUUUUAUACUGUAGGAGAUUUACGAUUUCACCAAAAGUAUCCUUUGCCUAGUUCUGGAAUUUAUUCCGUUAACAAUAAGCCUGUAGUAAAUAGUUCAAGUAUUUAUACCUCGUCAUGGAAAUUAUCCUCAAUUUUUUCGGAAUAUUCAACUAGAAAUGAAACAACCAAUUACAUAUCGCAUUCUCCGGUGUGGGUCUCAGGAAAGGCACCAGAACAAGCAUUUAAUAUAAGCGGAAGAAUUUAUUAUCCAGAAGAGACCAUAAUCUUUCGACCUGGAUUUUGGCAGCUCAUUAAAUGGGGAUGGGUUCAGUACUUGUCCGUACUAUUAAUCUUUCUAUUUAUUUUUAACAAGGUUAAACGUUUCGUAUUUCUCAAUCAACUGAUCAACGUCAUACCGAAGAAAUAUCACGCUGAAUAA